UGAUGUCUGUGGUCAGGAAGUGAUGGCAGUAUUGACUGUGCUUCACCACCACUACUACCCAUUCCUACAGAUGGACGCUCCCCUCCUGCACGCCUGAGCCUGCACUUAGUGCUGCCUCCUUCCCCUCCUCUCCUUCUGCCUUCCCUUGCUCAUUUCCCAUCUCUCCCUCUACCCUUCCUCAUCCAGCUGCCACUUGUUUCCCCCUCUCCAUCUCUCCUCCCAUCCCUCAAUCCAUUUUCAUCACGUUUGAAAUUUCACCCUACCUCUACAAUCUUACUUUAUUAUGGCGUGCUACGGACGCUCACUGGACUCCCCGUGCACACUUGCCUUGCUGGUGGGCUUCCAGUUCGCCUUUGUUCUCUAUUUCUCUCUUGGGGGCUUCAGAGGCUUGGUGUCUGUCCUGGUGCACACUACAGAGCCGGAGUUUGAUUACUCUCGACCUCAUGACGUCUAUACCAACCUCAGUCAUCUGGGAGUACCGCCUCCCCCGCCUCGCAACUCUGGCACUGGACUCCCUGUCACAGGCCCCCCGCUGAGAGACUGCCAGAUCCCUUCCCCACUGCUGGUUGGACCCGUGUCUGUGCAGCUUUCCUCUCCUCUGUCUCUGGAGGAGAUCAAACAGCGGAACCCGUUAGUGUUGCCAGGCGGACACUACAGGCCACCAGACUGUGAGCCCCGCCACCACACGGCGAUAGUGGUACCGUACCGGAACCGGCAGAUCCAUCUCCGUGCCCUCCUCUACCACCUCCACCCCUUCCUGCAGAGACAGCAGAUCCACUACAGCAUCUAUAUUGUUCAGCAGUGGGGGAACAGCACUUUUAACCGAGCCAAGCUGCUGAACGUUGGGGUGCGGGAGGCCCUCAGAGAUGAAGACUGGAGCUGCAUCUUCCUCCACGAUGUUGACCUGCUGCCCGAGAACGACCACAACAUCUACACCUGCCACAAACAGUUCCCCACACACCUGUCUGUGGCCAUGGACAAGUUCAGAUACAGGCUGCCGUACACACAGUAUUUUGGUGGGGUGUCUGCAGUGACCCCAGACCAGUACAUGAAGAUGAACGGCUUCCCUAACCAGUACUGGGGCUGGGGCGGAGAGGAUGAUGACAUUGCUGCCAGAGUUCGUCUGUCUGGCAUGAAGAUCAUGCGCCCUCCAGUGGCCAUUGGUCACUACAAGAUGAUCAAGCACAAAGGAGACAGGGGCAAUGAACAAAACCCACGCAGAUUUGAUCUUCUGAAAAGGACCAGAAUCAACUGGCGCUCUGACGGCCUAAACUCUCUGACCUACGAGCUCCUUUCCAGAGAGCUGCAGCCUCUCUACACCAACCUCACCGUUGACAUUGGAGAAGAUCCCCGUCUGCCCCAGGGGAAAGCACCCAUCCCUGUGAAAACAACAACUUCUGUCCACCAACGUAGCAAUAGCAAGACCGAAGGCACAGCCAAACAGGAGAAGAGGCUAGAGAGCAAAGGAGCAAACAUGACCGUGGCCAAGCCGGCUGGGGAGAAGACAGAACCUGCACGGCACACAAAGGCAGCAAAUCAAACUACACAGGGGAAGACGGGUGUGGUGAAAUAGGAUGAGGUGUAUAAAAAAAGGACUGCAUCGCAACUGUAGCAUAAAGUGGCUUCCCCCUUCAGUUUUAUCUCAAAAACAAAAUGGAGGAAGGCAGUGUAGAUCUGUUCUUUUGUGGGACAUAGAGUGCACCAGCUUUCUGUACUCAGUGCAGGUUAGUGAUAGUUAUGCAGUGGAUCAAAUGAAGAAGCCCUUUUUUUGUCUACAGGGGUGCCUUUAGGAACACAACCGAGUCACCUCUUGGGUCAUCAUCCACUGAAUGUGACUCUGGCAGUAGUGACUGACACGAGUUUGUGGCUCAUGACUUAUUUGGGUCCAGGAGACGAAUGGUGAACGCCUCAGUCAUAUCCACGUACAGGUCCAAAACAAACUAAAUGAAAAUGAGACGGCAACUGUAUCAAUCUCUGCUCUUUUCGAGACAUCGCAAGUCGUAAGAAACCCAUCUGCUGCCAGCAGACCUGCAGCUUCAUCCAGUUUGCUCCCAAAAAACUGCUGCUGUCAGUCCACCCCACUUCACGGUGGGUUUGUGUUUCUGUGCCUUCUCUCUUUUAUGCGCAUUUUAUAGACUGGUAUAGUUGCUUUUAGACGCUGACCUGGGGUUAAUUUUACCUCUCCUGCCUUGCAGGCAGUUGUUAGAAAGCAGGGAGGCUAAAGCUGAUCCUAGAUCAGGACAAAUGAUUUGUUCCAGGACUGCCGUUUUAUAUUUGUGUGCAUUGAUCAAGCGAUGACCAACUCCAUAGUUAUCAGACAAUUCUAGAGUUUAUAUUUCUAUAGAGAGACUUCUUUAUUUGUUUACUGAUAUGUUUUACUCGUCCUUCCUUACAGUCUGGUGCCUCUCUCUCUCUCUGACAUUUAGCUCCUAGACAAUCAAAUCAUAUGGGAAGAUAAAUCUGUAUCCAACCACAUAACAAAGUGAGGAAAUAUUAUCAUGACUAUCUUCACACCUGUCAGAUAAACAUAGACUUGGCAUGAUAGUUGUUGUCUAGUUUGACUAUACUCUUGAUACAUGAUAGACCUGUGCUUCUGAUAUUACCUGUGAUUUUUAUUAUUUUUCUUUUAGAUUAGUCAGGUAUAGAAAAAAAGCAAACUUGCAGACAAUAUUGUAGGCACGUGACUACAUAUUUGCCAGUUUCAGAUUGUAUUUUAAUAAUAAAAAAGGUCAUAGUUACAAUAAAGCACUGUGUAUAGAUCUAGGUCAGCUUUUUACCGUAAGGCCUGAUGUCUUCACAGAGGGUCUCAGUAUAUUAUGAAAGACCCUGGUGCAUCUAAAAGCUAUAAAUGAGUGUCUGCCUGUCUGUCUUCAUUCGCUAGAGUGAAGCUUUUGUAUCUUGAAGGAAAGGAGACAAGGAAAAGGGAAACAUGUAUUAGAUAUAAAAUUGUAUCAUUUUAUUCUGAGGGCUGACAAAUUAGAACAUGCAUGUAGGUAAUUUAUGUUGACAGAUCAAUUAUCAUUACUUUACAUCUCAGACAUUGUUUUUUUCCCCAUAUCAUCCAUGUGGAAUGUAUUGUUUUGAGUUUACCUUUUGUGAAGGGAGAGUUUAUCAGGUGAACUUAGUUUGUGGACGUGGACUUGAAUCUGAGCACUUGUAGGACAUUUCUUGCUGCUAUUGGACGAGGUUAUCUGUAUGAUUAAUCAGCUUGAAAAAUGACAUUGUUAUAGUAAAGUUCUGGUGUGAAGUGGUGUUUUAUCAUACUAACAAGUAAUGUAUUACUUCUGCUAAUUUGAAUGUAUUUUAUUUAUUUAUCAAGUCAUUGAUAGAGCUCAACGCACAAACUUCUAAAGUGCGUAUUUGUUUUGGGGGGUUGAAACACCCUUCUCCAUUGUAAGAGCAGAUUAUUUAUCCCUUUAUACUAUGUCUCCACGUUUCUUAUUUUAACAUUGUGCCUCAUGAAAUAAGCCCAUACUACUGAAGGACUGAAGGCAUGCUGCUGGGUUAUAUGUGAUCGCCCUCAAGUGGCACAAUGUGGCAUAGCGCCUGCCAAGAGGAACCAAGGACUGAAUGAAACUGCAGUGUUGUGACAUGAAUGUUAAUCAUUAAUGUUAGCCAUUCAGAGGUUUCAGCCAAUCAAAUCUUUGCAUUGCUCUGCGUGGAGGGUUUCUCGUUUGCGUAGUAUCACAUGAUUGAUCCCACCAGCUUAACGGUGUAGAUCAACUCUCUGAAUUUUACUGGUUUACACAACCAAAAACUACAUGGUGAGUGUUUAUGAAUGGAUAUAGUUUUAUAGAAGGAAUCUGUUUAAGAUAAAAUAGAACCUGUUUUAAACAAAGAGUGCUGUACAAACCAAUUGUCUUGACAGUACAUUGAGAGAUAAUAAGGCCCAAUUUCUUAGCUUUAUUUACAUAGUAGUUUAGUUGCAUAUCAAUAGAUAAUAUAUCCUCCAUAUAUCAUAUUGCCUGGGACAAUGCCUGUAUAACAUAAAGCAGUGACACACUGAAAGCUUUUAAGGACGUUAUGUAAUCUAAAAGGAUUAAUCAGCAUACUGUGUGCUUACCUGGAGAUUGUUCUAUAUUUAAUAAAUAGGCUAGUUUUUAUAACGGAUGUUUUUGCAUUAGUGUUGGAAAUAUAUACUGUGUAGUUGAAUGCAAAUUGAGUAAACAGGAUUGGGACUUCAUGGCAACAUUUCUUUAUAGAGUUAAUUUGAUCAUGAGUUAGUCAUUAGACACACGUUUGAUAAGUGUAAAUGUGAUUACGGAGAACCACCUGACUAGGAUGGGAUGUUUAUGUAUUCAUGGUAUAUGAGAUGUAAUUAAUACAUUACAUCACUUAUGAUUAAGGACCAUGAUAUUUGCAUUAUGCAAUGAUACUUGUCGUCAUCUUAAGUUGCCUUAUUUACUGACCUUGUCUUGAAAAUGAAAGAUUGUGUGUGUGUGUGUGUGUGUGUGUGUGUGUGUGUGUGUGUGUGUGCUUGUGAAAAGAGCAAGGUCAUAAAAAAAGGCAACAGAAGCAGUGAACUAUGAUGGACAGUGUUGUGACAGAAAGCAAAUAUGUAUACCAAUAAAAACACAUAAUCAAAAAA